UGACACCUCUCUGUCUCUGCUCUCUCCAACAGGCGGGAUCCUCCAGCUGGGUAGGGUACGCACCCCUGCGCAUUUUAAGCAUCAUCAAUAAACACAAUUACACAACUGCUUCUGCUCGGCUCAUAAAAAAGCGCGCCGUGUUCAGUUCUCUUAACUAACCCCCAGCUUCUUCAAAUAAAUAUAAUUAACUAAGGGCCAUGUUUUCCACGAUUAAUAAAAUGGAUCAACAGCAAUCGGGGAGUCCAAGCCCUAGAUCUCCGUCAUCGCAGCCUUAUCUAUCGGUUUCGGUGACAGAUCCUGUAAAAUUAGGGAAUGGCGUUCAGGCUUACAUCUCUUAUCGCGUUAUCACCAAGACUAAUUUACCGGAAUACCAAGGGCACGAGAAGAUUGUGAUUCGGCGUUACCGCGAUUUUGUUUGGUUGCGUGAUCGACUUUUCGACAAGUUCAAGGGUGUUUUUAUUCCUCCUCUUCCAGAAAAGAGUGCUGUCGAGAAGUUUCGGUUUAGUGCUGAAUUUAUUGAGAUGAGGAGACAAGGGCUGGACAUAUUUGUUAAUAGGAUAGCUUCACAUCAAGAGCUUCAGCAAAGUGAGGAUUUAAGGACCUUUUUGCAGGCAGAUGAAGAGACAAUGGAGAGAUUAAGGUCUCAAGAGACUGGUAUAUUUAAGAAGAAACCUGCUGAUUUUAUGCAAAUUUUCAAGGACGUGCAAUCUAAAGUGAGUGAUGUUGUUCUUGGUAAGGAAAAACCUGUUGAAGAAUCGAAUCCUGAAUAUGAAAAGCUGAAACAUUACAUCUUUGAGCUUGAAAACCACUUGGCUGAAGCUCAGAAGCAUGCGUAUCGUCUUGUAAAGCGACAUAGAGAAUUAGGGCAAUCUCUAUUGGAUUUCGGGAAGGCAGCAAAGCUCCUUGGUGCUUGUGAAGGAGAUAUCCUAGGAAAGGCAUUUUCUGACCUUGGAACUAAAUCAGAGGCACUAUCAGUUAAGCUGCAGAAGGAGGCACAUCAACUUUUAAUGAAUUUUGAAGAACCAUUGAAAGAUUAUGUUCGUGCUGUUCAAUCUAUUAAGGCUACCAUCACCGAGCGGGCCAAUGCCUUUAGGCAUCAGUGUGAACUGGCUGAAACAAUGAAGUUGAAAGAGAUAAAUCUAGACAAACUUAUGCUAACACGUUCUGAUAAAGUGGGAGAAGCGGAGCAUGAAUACAGGGAGCUGAAAGCAGAGAGUGAGGAAGCGACAAGAAGGUUUGAGACAAUUGUGAGACUGAUGAACGAAGAAAUUGUGCGCUUUCAGGAACAGAAAACAUUGGAUAUGGGGAUUGCUUUCCAUGAAUUUGCAAAAGGACAGGCACGUUUGGCAAAUAGCAUUGCAGAUGCUUGGAGAAGUCUUCUUCCAAAACUCGAAGCAUGUUCCUCAUAAUGAGAGUAUCAAAAAGUGAGCACUUGUUCACUUUUUUCUUCGUUCUUAGGAAUGAUGGGCCCAGCUCUUGCUUUGUAAAAACCAUAGAGUUUGGGAAGUUCUGCUAUUCUGGUGUUGUACAAGUUGACUCCUUUGCAAAUUUUUGUUUCGUGUACAAAUUUGAAGCCUAAUGAAGAACAACAGGAGCGAAACACGAAAAAUGUUCAUCCAUGUCUUCAUACUCUA